UUUUAAAUCAAAUACAAUCAGGACUAUAUACUGCGUAAUUUUUCAUUAACUUUGGAAAAUUAGGGAAACACCUGAACGGAAGUAGAGACCGUGUUGUGUGCGCAUGCGUUUGUGUUGAAUGCGCAUGGAAGAUGGACGAUCUUCGUUCGUGGUGGGAAGUUCCAAGUAUAGCUCAUUUUUGCUCCUUGUUCAGAAGUGCCUUUGAUUUGACAGACUUCGAUAUAGAGGAUUUAGAAGAAGGGUUUCUUCAAUCAGAGACCGAGGAAGGCAGUGCCUUUCUUUUAGAUCUUCUGUGUCGCCUUCUGAAUGGAUGCUAUGGCAGAAAAGAUAUUACCAUUGCAAAUUAUGACCUAUAUGUGAAGGAUAUUAUAAAGUACAAAUGGGAUACCUCGCAAGAUCCUAUCAAAGAGAAGACCGAGUUUAAAGCUCUUUCUAUGAGAGAAAAAGUUGAAUUUAUACAUGCUAUAUGUGAAUACAGGCUAGAUACUGAAGAUGUUAUUGAACUGCUUAAGGGUUUUGAGGGAGACAGUAUGCGAGUUGAGCCCCUCGGAAAAGACAAAAAUGGUGCAUUGUACUGGUAUUUCUAUGGAAACAGACUCUACAUGGAAGAUCCAUUACCAAAGAAAGAACUUACUAAAGAAGAGAAAAGAGCUAAGGACAGGGAAAAAAGAAUCGAAUCUAAAAGAAAGAAGCAAGAAGAGAAGAGACAGAGAAAAGAAGAGCGGAUAAAAUUGAAAGCUUUAAGGAAGGCGGAAAGGGAGAAAAAAGCUGAAGAAGCUAAGAAGGCUGAGGAUAGUAAGACAAGAAGAAGUGGAAGGCUACGAACACGAAAAUUAGCAGUACCUGAAAGUGAAUCCUCUGAAUCUAGCAGCUCUUCAGAAGAAGACGAUGAAGAAGAGGAGGAGGAAGAAAUAGAUGACUCUUCACAAGAAGACACCGAGGUAGAAGAAGUCGUAGAAAAGAAAACCGGAAGAGGAAAAUCUAGAAAAACCCCUGCAAAAACACCAGCCAAGAGGGGAGCAACCAAUCAGAAAACACCAAAAAAGGAAACCCCAGUUAAGGGAACAAGAUCUAGUGGGAGGAAAUCUGCAAAAAAACAAAAAGCACCGGAACCACCGGUUGAUACAGGUGUCAGACGAAGUGCUAGGAAAAGGAAACAACCAGAACCUUUACCCUCGCCAUAUAAUAGUGAUACGGAAGAAGAUCAUGAUUAUGAUGUUGACAGUGGUCAUGAAUCUGCAGGCUCUCUCAGAUCUGAAACUUCAAAGGUAUCUGCAAAAUCUAGUACAUCGAAGAAAUCUGCGGGUCCUGCAAAGCGAACCUCGCGAAGACCAACUGCUACUUUAAACUUGAAAAGGGAUCUUAGUCGAAAUGAUGAUGAUGAAGAUGGUGAUGGUGAAGUUGAAAAGGAGAAUGAUGAUGUUGCUGAAAAUGAGACUGAAAAAGAAAAAGACAGCAUCGAAAUGGAAGUAGAUGAAUGUAAAGAAAAUGGAGGCAAGAGGGAGGCAAAAGGUGAGGAGUAUGAGAAGGAAAGAGAAGUAGAGGGAAAAGAAGGGGAAGAAAAUGUAUGUGAAGAAGAUAAAGGUAAAGAGGAUGCAAAAGAAAUUGAUGAUGAAGUAUGUGAUGAUGUUGAAGGUGUCAAAGAUGAAAAGAACACUUGUGAAGAUGUUGGGAGUGGAGAGGGUAAUGAAGAAGAAAAUAAGUUGAAGGUCGAAGAUGAUACAGAUUCAAAGCCAGUCAUUGGUGAAGGGAUUAAAAGUGAGGCCGUGGAAAUGAAGGAAAAUGAUAUUGAUGUAAAAGAUAACAAGAUUGAUGAAAGUAAAGAGGAUGUCAAAGAUAAACAGGUUGAAAUUUCUAAAGGAGACCCUGACAACAUUGCUGAUGGCAAAAUAAAGACUGAAGCUGAUCCUGUGGAAGAUGAAUCUACUGUUAAAACUGAAGAUAUUGAAAAAGUGGAAGCUGAUACUAAAGAAAAAAUGGAAACGGAAGAAGGUUUAAGUGACAAAGCUACUGUUAAAACUGAUGAUAUUGAAAAAGUGGAAGCUGAUACUGAAGAAAAAAUGGAAAUUGAAGAAGGUUUAAGUGACAAAAAAUUGGAUGAACAGGAUGAGGACAGUUGUAAUGUGAAGAAGGAAGUAGAAGCCAAAUAUGACAUUGAAACGGAGGGAAAUUCUAAUGACUCUAAUGUCAGUGGUGUUAAGAGAAGUUUAAGAAAGAGAAAUACUGAAGACGUAAAGACUGAAGAAAAGGAUGACGAAGAAGCCAAUGUGAAAGAUGAAGUUAAACCUGAUGUGUUUACUUUAUCUAAACCUGCAGUAGAACCCACUCCGUCCAAGUCAAGUACACGCUGGCACCUGGUGUGCCAGACUUUGGAGGAUUGGAUGAACUUGGCACAGUGGUUUAAAGAGAGUCCUGUCAGAUGUGAGAAGUCGUUGUCAAAGGUUAUCAGAGAUGACUUCCUGCCUGUUCUACCAGAGAUUAUUGAAGCUAGGGAAAAGGAGAGACAGAAGAAACUUCUACAAGAGCAGGAGUUACGUAGGUCGAACAGAAUAACUGUAAAGAUGAGGGAGAAGAUUGAACAGGAAAAGAUUUUAGCGGAGGCGUUAGCCGAGGAGGAGAAGGCGAGAAUUAAAGCUGAGGAAGAGAGAAAACUGAAGGAUGAACAACUUAGACUGGAGGAUGAGAAUAGACAGAGGGAAGAUAGGAGAAAGGCAAGGGAAGAGCGAGCAAAGAGGUUGUCUAUGAGAGGGGAAAGAGCAAGAUUACUGGCUGAAGGCAAGGAGAUUCCGGCUGAUAUGAUAUACACUGGAUCUCAGAAAUACAAGGAUGACGGCGACGACUCCGAUGAUAGCAGGUGUGACCUGAAAGAGGAAGAGGAUUAUGAAGCUUUGAUGAAAGUAAUAAAUGCUAUGAAAUACCACAAAGAUUGUUGGCCGUUUUUACAGCCAGUCACGGAUGAACAAGCUCCUGGCUACAGUGAAAUCAUCAAGAGGCCGAUGGAUUUGUCUAAAAUAGAGGAGAAAGUGGAGAAAAGAGAUUACAGGUCUACACAACAUUUCCUGUCUGAUUUUAGACUGAUGUUCAAUAACUGUAAACGAUUCAAUGGCCAAGACAGUGAAUUUUCCGAUUGUGCACGAUCAAUGGAAAAUAUGUUGAAGAAAUACAUGAAGAGAUUUGUUUCCGAGGAGCCUACAGACAAGUAUUACGAGGAUAAACCGUUCAUGGUUCCAGGAGGGCGUGGUGGGCCUCGUACUGGAGAAAAGAGGUACCGGCCUCAAAGAGCAGCCAGUUCUAGAGCUUUACAGACAGUACAUAAAGCUUUAAAUGAUGAUGAUACUGAGUCAAGCAGUGAUGAGGAGGACCACAUUCCUCAAAGAAAGAAACCAAAAGAUUCCACAGCAUCCCCGUUCAGAACUCAGUCACACGACAAGUUGCUUCUCGAUAAGAUGAUUGAGUUGAAACGUCAACGAGAGAGAAAGUUAGCUGCUAGUGCGCUCCAUAAUCACGGUAUAAUCACUCGUGGACCGGAGCGUAUACGUGUGCAAAACCCACAGGGUGGUGUUAUGAUUAUUCCAAAAAGUGAAAUGAAUCCCUCGGGCGUUCUCAGAAUGGCUGCCACACGAGAAAUUAAACGUAAAGUAAAUACACAGUUACCAAACCUAACACCGGUUUCUCAUCGAUACGGUAAUUUUAAACCAGCUGGGACUCCCAACAAUCCCAGUCAGACAGUUUUACAUGCAGACUUGAGUAAAAAAGAGACAGGGUUGAGUAUAAUUGACCAAACCACUCCUGGAUCAAAUCAGCCAAAAGUGAUCAAAAUUGUUGCAGCCAAUGCUCAAGGACAACAAUCUGUGAAGCAGACAGCAGAAAAUGUAAGAGUGUCCUCGGACGGGUAUUUGAUAAUCAGUGGGAAAAACUCUGGAAUUAAAGUAACUGAAAAUACAAAAAUCGUGAUUCAGCCUCCGCCUUCUGCGUCUGGACCAGUAUCAUCCUCUUCAGAUGGAGGUCAGUCGCAGACAAUAAGACAAAUUCCCGCUAGAUCUAAUUUGCAGCAGACGACUAGCCAAAGUCCAUCUGGUACAGCUGCUAUCCAGGAUAAUGCUAUCACUGGUUCCAGUACUGCUUCAGCUCAGAAUGAAGACCAGGUACCAGUGCAAGGUAAUAGUUCACCGUCUGGUACCCAGCUUAAAAUGCAGCAGCCGUUGGAUUUGCAAGGAAUUUUGAAACAGACCGCCAUCAAUCCCAAACAUCCAGCAUUACAGGGUUUAGUAAACCAAAUGGCUAAUAAAACUAACUUAACACCAGAAAUGAAGAAAAAGCUUGACAUUGCUCAAAGGAUUCUUCUUCAGCAUGAGCAAAAGAAGAAAUUAUUAGAGCAACAAAAAGCUGCUCAGAUGCCUAAAUUGGAGGUGAAUUUGGGUGCCAGUGGCUCUAGUGCAAUCGAGGAGAGAUUGAAAGAUCCCAUUGUUAAUAUAGACAAACAACUCGGAUCUGUCUCACAAAAUGUGAUUAGUAACGUUAAUAUAGCCAGUGAUAUUUUGGAUACGUACUACAGUGUAUUAAAUGAAGCCAAAUCAAAAGCAGGUAGUCAAAAUGUACCGUCUGCUUCUGGUUCCUUGCCUGAAAAUACUCGACAGUUAAAUCAGAAUCAAACUGUGACACAGAGUGGUGCAAAUGUGGUAUCGUCUAUACCCACUUCCUCCGUGCAGGGCGGGAGUGGUCAGGGAACACUAAUUGUUCAGUCUAUACCAAAUGUUCAAACAACAGUUUCUAAUCUGAAUACAGUAAAUGAUGACUUGCAGAACUCUCAAAACCAGAAGGCAUCCCCUGCACAUGGCAUGUCUGAGGUGACGCGGCAGAUUUAUAAUUUGAUAAGUAAAACCAGCACAGGUGGGUUAGUGACUGCAUUGGCAAAUGCGCAGAAAAUGAAAACAAACAUUUGUGCACAGCAAUCUUGGUCAGCUUUGAGUAUAAGUCCGCAGAUACAAGUUCCUGCAGUUUCGAUUCAGAGCACCAUUGUUAAUCAAGCACCACAAGCUUUAAAUCAAGUCCCUCAGACAAUUAAUCCAAAUCAAAUAAUUGUGAAUCAAGUGCAGCAAAUGAUAAAAAGUCAAGCACCACAAGUUACUAAUCAAACUCAGCAAAUUAUUAAUCAAGCACAGCUGGUUGUGAAUACAGUUCCUCAAUCAGUUAAUCAAUCACCACAAACUUCUAAUAGAAUACCACAUGUUAUAAAUCAAACUCAGCAAAUUGUUGAUCAAGUACCACGAAGUGGGAAUCAUAUUCCACAGACUGUGUCAAAUUUAACUUCAAGCAGUUCUGUAUCAGAUUUGCUUCGGACAGCCAUGUUUAAACAAGUUUCUCAAAGUAGCUCUGACGUUUGUCCUAUAGAAGCAUUGCUUGCAAAAAGUACACCACUAAAAACUGUACCAGGUGAUAUUUCUAAGACUAUUCCAAAUCCUUCAUUGGUUGAAGCACUUCAAGGUCAAUCGCCUGUUUCUUUGAAUGUGAAAAAAUCAGAAAUUUCACCAGAAAAAAGUGAAAGAAAAAACCUGUUUGAUUCAUUUGAAGCUAAUAAAGUGAACGCAAGUGCAGUGAUACCUAAUCCACUAGAAAAUGAUCAGAGUUUAUCUAGUCAAGCGGAAAAACAAGACUUGACCGGAGAUAAUGUCCCAUUAGAAGUGAAGUUAAAAUUACGGGCUGAUGGAAUAUCUUUACCAGCAUCAAGCACAUUGAAUUUUGGAUCUCCUUUAAAGGCCACCUCAGUGUUAGAAGCAUUAAAGUGUAAACUUCAUACUGUGAAACCUCAGACUGAGGUUAGUGGGUUGAAGAGCAGUGAGGUGCCAAUAUCUGGUGAUAGUAAUCCUGAUAAUAGGUGUAUUCACAGUGAGAUUUCCUCUUACACGUCUACAUUACCCGUCCAUGUUCCUGCUAGUGGUGUAAUCUGUGGACCUUCUUUACUUUACACUUGUUUAUGCUCAUCUGUAGAUACUAGAUCUUCAUCUGAUUCUAACCCUGCAUGUGCAUUUAGAUGUAGUUCUUGUCUAGAUGUGCCUAACUGUGGUUUCAAGUUGCCUAACUGUAGUUUAGAUACACCUAAUUGUAGUAAAAUGUCACAAGUCACAGUUCAGUCAGAAAAUGUCCUUCAAAACUACCCUGAAGAAAUGAAAAGUUUAGAAGCAGGUAUUAUGGGUAAAAUUGAUAAUGUAGAGAAUGAAAUUGAAGAAGAUUAUCAUAUUGAGAAGGAUGAAGAACACCUUGAAACAGUUCUGAAAGUAAAGGAACAACUUGAUAAUUUGAAUAAUGAUCAGAAUACAUGUUCUAAAAUAUCAGAUAAUGGAAAUAGAAAUGAAGUGAAUGGAAAUGUAAAAGAAGUGUUAGGUGAAGAUUCAGACAAUAUGACUGAAACAAAUGCUGAUGAAAAUCUGAUUGGAGAUGAAGCCAAUGUUAAUUCAAAUGUGGAUAAUAUUGUUAAUGCUGAUGAUAGUAGGAACUUAACUAGAGUGGAAGAAAUGGGAAAGGGAAAUACAGAUAAUAUUGUCAAUGUAUGUGAAAGACCUUUAAAAGUUGCUGAAAAGAUGAAUGCAAAAUUAGAUAAAGUUAUUCAUUCUGAAGUUGAAUUUAAUAAUGGAAGAGAAGAGGAAAUGGUCAGAUUUAAUGGAGCUAAUGUUGGAAAUGGGAAUAUAAAUGUAAGAGAAGGAAAUAUUCUUAGUUCAGAUGUUGCUAAUAUUGAAGAUGCUCCUGUAGAAAAACCUUUAGAAUUUGUUGUUAAAAGAGUGCAGUCUAACACUGGAAGUACAGACCUCCCUGCUAAAGAAUUUGAGAAGCUGACUUUGGUGCCAAUGGACCUUUCUCCACCAGGCCCUGUUGUUAAAGAACAUGAAGGAGCAGAAGUUGGAACAAAACGUAAAUAUUCUAGUGGAAGGAAAGGAAAGAAAACUGAUGUUAAAGAGAAUGGUAACUCAAAAGCACAAAGAAAACAACAGUUAUUAAAAGGAGACAAGAAAGUUAUUGUCAUCCCCAGACCUGUGCCUGAAAAAAAUUGUCCUUCAAGGGUUUUCAGUAGAAUUUUAGAUACAAAUUUCAAGCCUGAGCAAGACAAUUGUGAAAAGCCAAGAGAAAUUUAUCCAAAUUCUGAUACCGUUGGUAAAGGUGAUGAAAUAUUUAAGAAUAUGAAUGAAUAUGCUGAGAAGUGUGAAAGUGACUUGAAUCUUUUGAAAAUUAAAAGAAAAAUAUAUCGGCUAUCCAGGUCUCCUGUGAAAAUUUGUAAAAUAGUGGGGAGCAAUGUGAGAAAAACUGUAGAUUCAUCGGCAGGCAUCGGAUCAGAUAGUCAUAUGAAAAAACUUUGUAAAAAUGUUGAUACUAACAAAGAUAACAUGUUUAAAAAGAGAACUCUUAGUUGGGUUGGUUCCUUUACUUUAGGAUCUAAUGAUAAACCACAAAUUUCACAAGCCCAGCUUUCAAAUAUACCUAGUAUGCUUUUAAAUGAUAAAGAAGUAGUAGCUUCUGUAAAUUAUGAGGAUUUUUUCUCGACUGAACUUUUUACACCCAUUUAUUCCUCUAACUCUUCAUGUUGUGGUGAUGGUUCUAAAAAUGAUUUUGACCUCGAAAAAAUUGAAAAAGACAUUUUUGAAUUGCAGGAUGAAUAUUUAGCACCAGCAACUACGGUAUCUACAACGCAGGGUGAUCCCGCUUUAUAUCCGGAAACGACUUCAGAAAAUACAAUGAACUCAUCUUUGAUCAGUGGUUUAAGUCCUAAUGAUCAUCCACAAGCAUUGAACAUUGCUCUUAGUUCAAGUAAUGUCAGUAAUACUAAUGUGGUUCCUACCGGAUACCAACAGAUGGUAUCCGUAGAUGGUGGGAACAUAUUGACUUCGGUUUCCGUUAUACCACCUUCCGGGAACUUUACACAGAAUGUGGUAAACACAACACCUGUUGUUAUAUCGACACCUAUGGUUAUAUCGCAAGGAAAUGUAAUUUUUUCUACAAACAUGAUGCAAGAAAGUGUUCAGUCAAAUUUGAUACCAACCACUGUUCAAGUCUCGCAAGGUAACCCUGUUCAACCAGUGCAGUUACAAACUAUGUUAGAACAAGGAACUGGGAAUUUACCAAAUGUUCCUACAUUACAGGGCACAUUAACACAACCACCAGUGCAGGUUCCAAGUGCUCUGUUACAGGCUUUAAAACAAGGCAGUACAGGACUUACCAUUAAUCCCAGCACCCAGAAUGCUUUACUUCAACAGUUGAACUCUUUGAUCAGUAAUCGCCCACAAUGUAUCCCGACUGGUUCACAAAAUGCUGUUGUCAUGAAUCUUAAACCUGUGAACCCUUCAAACAAUUUACCACAAGAAAUACAAUCUAUCAAUUUAAUGCAGGCAUCAAGUACUUUACAAAGUCAAAAUGUGGAUGUCAGUGGUGGUUACUCUACAGGCAAUGUUGGAAUAACUACUUCCGGACUGGUUAGUGAAGAUAAUGGACUGUGUAAUGAUUUUAGUGGACUGGACAGCACAACUAAUUUGAGUGAUUAUCUCAGUUCUGUAAACCAGUCAAAUUUACAGACAAGCUCCUAUGUGACUGGGACUGAUGUAGAAAUGAUGGACACCAGUCAGAAUGCAAGCCUCUCAUUGACUGAGACAGAAGAGAACCAGUUGUAA